UGCCAAAAAACCCAAUUAAACAGACGAUCAUGAAUUUGAGUCAGCUGGUAUACUACUCGAUUGCUGUCUGGAUCUUCAGCUGGACGAUGGCGUGUGUUGGAGGCGAUACCAACAAGGGAGGACUGGAUUGUAUCAAUCAAAUGGAGACCUCCAAAGGGCAAUGUUAUCUAAGACAAGGAAAUGGACAGGGACAAUGUUGUCAGGUGUUCAAAUCCGAGGAUUGUCGCCACGAACUCACUACGCCAGAAGACGAUGCCCCCCCUUAUUUGGGGUUCAUGCCCAACUCUCUUUCUUUCGAGAGAAACAGAAACCAGCUGUGUGUUCAUGGACUUGAAAUGAGAGCUGGGGACAAAACAGCAGGUCUGUUUGGCUUCCAGUUUUAUCUCAGGAAGUGGCACAAAGACUGGGUAAAAGAAGAACUGUCAUCUCUAAAUUUGAUGCUACCAUCGGACUCCCGUCUUCCUCCCGUGGUGCACAAGAAUCCCGAACUGAACCCCUUGAAGGAUGUCAUCAUGUGCAUUGGGAUGGGGACGGAGAUCAAUUCCACAUCACCUGGUGUAUUUGCGGCUUUGGAAAUGAUCCCCUUGAAGCCUAACAAACACGCUGGCCCAAUACAACACCCCCAGAACCCAAUCAGUCUCUGCGCCCUAGAUUCUCUGCACCUGAAGAAAGAAGGAAGGUGCGAACUGAAAAGCGUAGAACGAAAUCCUCAUAUAUGUGAAAAACAGGAGAAGACACAAGCACAAACAAACGAAAUCGAAAAGGCCAUAACCCUAACAGUGCACAUCGCUAAGACUGACAAACCAGAUGAGCCAGAAGGAGGCGAGCAGGAGUCAGACAAUCUGAGAAGUCAUCUAAGAUCCUUCUGGGUGAUUUAUGUGGUGAUCGGGACCCUCUUGUUCAUCAUCGGUGCCCUGUUCGCCACAGUCAUCUACUGCUGGCGAUGCAACAAACCAAAGGAAACUGAGCAUCCUAUAAAUACAGGACGACUGACUGUGGGCACAUCCCUUCCCCGAUCAAUGCACACUUCCAACUCAGUAAACAAUCCGAGCUACCAUCCCCAUUUCGUGAACAACCAUGCUUCUUCUCCACUCGACGAGCAGCGCCAGAACCUUCCGAUGAGUGUGUUCCUGCGUCCACCAGAUGAAAACUAUACACAGCGCCAGCCCGAGUCAACGUACUUUGUUUACGAUCGCGUUGGCGGAAGGCAAAACCAGACGCCAACCGAACAAACCGACUAUUCGUCACUUCCAGGCCAUCAUUACUCCAAUCCAGAAUUGAGUCAAAGAGAAGAUACACUUGCACACCAGACAGAGCCACCUGAUGUUACAGAUGGCAUCAGUUCUCAACAACGGUUUGCCACACCUGAUGGGGUAGACAACAGUACAAGUGAAGAGGCAGUAUCUCUACUCUCGACAGGUGCUUUUGGCGACGUGUGCACGGGAACAAAGGGUUGUCACGUGGAACUGUCUAAUAAAAGAGACCAAGCAGGCAACGAUCAAAAAGAAAAACCAGAAGCAAGCCAAGAUACUUCUGAAACUACGUCACAUGAUCAGCCUAUCCAAACAGAAGGAUACAUGGAAGAUCCACGAGAAUCUUUGGUGUAGUGAAGAUGUCAGCUUCCGCCAAAAAGAAACUGCCGCAACGCCAUAUCAGCUCAGCGCAAACAGAUUUUGUCGUAAGAACUCGGGCAUUAAAAAAAUCAUUUGUGCUAGCCUUGUAAUAAAAUCCAUAUCCAGUUUGCUUUCGUUAAUUUUGAUUAAAAUUGAUAUGAUGGAUGAGGCUCGUUUUGCAUGAAUUGUUGUGCUGAUUUUGAUUAUAAGCAUCG